AUGGGUUUCAAGAAAGAUGGUCUUAUAAAAGAUUUAUGGCCAAAUAUUCGAUUAAUACAAAUGUCGGGUCUAUUCAUAUCAGAGUACUAUGAUGAUUAUUCUGGAUUGGCCGUAUUGUUCCGAAAGAUUUACAGCUGGAUCACCACAAUUAUAAUAUAUUCGCAGUUCAUAUUUAUCGUAAUGUUUAUGGUCACUAAAUCCAACGAUUCGGAUCAGCUGGCUGCUGGCGUGGUAACUACAUUGUUUUUCACCCAUUCGAUGAUCAAAUUCAUGUAUUUUAGUACGGGUACCAAGUCGUUCUACAGAACUCUAAGUUGUUGGAACAACACCUCUCCACAUCCUUUAUUUGCAGAAUCUCAUUCGAGAUUCCAUGCAAAGUCAUUAUCUCGAAUGCGACAACUUUUGAUUAUAGUUUCGAUAGUUACAAUUUUUACAACGAUAAGCUGGACAACUAUUACUUUCUUUGGUGAAAGUGUAUGGAAAGUUCCUAAUCCUGAAACAUUUAACCAAACAAUGUAUGUUCCAGUACCCCGUUUGAUGCUACAUUCUUGGUAUCCUUGGGAUUCAAGUCAUGGAUUAGGUUAUAUUGUGGCUUUUGUCUUGCAGUUUUAUUGGAUAUUCAUAACUCUCAGUCACUCAAACUUAAUGGAACUAUUAUUCUCAUCAUUUCUGGUGCAUGCAUGUGAACAACUUCAACACUUGAAGGAGAUUUUGAACCCAUUGAUUGAAUUAAGUGCUACCCUUGAUUCAUCAGUUCAUAAUCCUGCCGAAAUAUUUCGUGCCAAUUCGGCUAAAAAUCAAUCAAUGAAUGGUAUCGAUCGCGAUUACAAUGGGUCCUACGUGAAUGAGAUUACUGAGUAUGGAACAAAAGGGGAAAAUGAGCCAACAGAAAAGGACCAAUAA